GUUGAAUUACUUCUUCUAUUAUCAUUCUAUCAAUGUAUAGUUCUUAUUUUUCUUCUCCUUAAACAUUAUUUGCUGUCCUUACCCUAUAGUGUAUGCUUUCCUAUUGAAAGUUGUUUGUUCAUAUUUGUUUAUUCUUUGCUUGGCAUUCGCGGGCCGUUUGAACCGACACGUGGAUCGAUCUUGACACAGCAUUGCUGUUUUUACUUAUUGACUGCACAGUGGUUGUGCAUUUGACGCCAUUUAGCCACAGAUACCUCACAUCUUGAGUACCGUAUUGCAGAAUAUCCUGUAUUUCGCACUUUACGCGUCACUCUACGUGUGGUUAAAUCUAUAAUUUGGAUUAUCGUUUCGGAUUUCUUUCGGGAGAAAUUCACAACAUCUGUAUGGCUGAAGAGAAAGUAAAAGUUGGUUGUCGUGUUAAAAUAGCAUCGAGAUCCGUUUUUGGGACCGUUGCUUUUGUCGGAAUAACACAAUUCUCACCAGGAAAAUGGGUGGGUAUAAUACUAGACGAGCCCAAAGGGAAGAACAACGGCACGGUUCAGGGGAAACGCUACUUUAGAUGUGAGGAAAAUUUUGGUAUAUUUGUGCGCCCAUCUCAGCUUACUCUUCUAGAUGGUCCGGAAAGAUCAGACGUAAUGAAGUUAUCCACAUCUAGCGUUGUUUCCGAAUCAGGUGCCACUUCAGAAUCAAAGGAAGUUACAAAACUUGCUGGUUCGACAUCUUCGUUGUCUGUAGGAUUGAAAACUCCUGAGACAGUUAAAGUAUCAGUCGGUGUUGAAGGCGGUCCAACUCUCUUACAGUUUAAAAAUCUUGAACAACAAAAUGAACGAAUGAAAGGAGCACUGGUCAAGCUACGUGAUUUGGUUAAUCAAGAUAAAUCGGAAAUUUCAGCUUUAACUAAACAGAUUACAUCUUUAGAAUCAGAAGUUAGUCAACUUCAAACAGAAAAAGAACGAUUAACAAAAAAUUUAAAGGAUAGUGUUGAACAAAUUAUUGAAUUAAAAGAACAAGUGGAUGCUUACCUCGGCAUUGAUACAAUGGUCAGUCAGUUGACACAACGUAAUUUAGAACUGGAAGAAACGCUUGAGAAAAUUAAAGAAGAAAGAAAUGAUCUGAUGUUAUGAUUCCCAAAUCUAAUAGUAUAAAUAAUGACUGCUUCUCGUGUUUUAACACGAACGAUGUCCUUAAUUGUCUUCAAUCUCUGAAACCUACCCAGUCCCUUGGUCCUGAUGGAGUUCCUGCUGUUAUCCUUAAGAAGUGCGCUGACAUCUUAUGUUACCCAUUAACCGACAUUUUCAAUGAAUCCUUUUCCCAAAGUAUUAUUCCGGACUCAUGGAAAAAUAUCAAGGUUGUUCCAGUACCUAAAUCAACAAGUGGACCUACUGUUAAGUUUCGACCGAUUGCUAUUACCUCACCUUUUUUAAAAGUUAUGGGAAGACUUAUUUUACUUAAUCUUGAACCCUCUUUAAAGCCUUUUAAUGACCCCAACCAGUUUGCCUAUAAACAUAGUAGGAGUACCUUAGAUGCCGCUGUUGUUCUACAUCAUAAUAUAGUCUCUAGUUUAGAUAGAGGAGCCAAAUAUGUUCGGUGUGCCUCCCUUGAUUACACAUCUGUAUUUGACUCUGUUCCUAGGUCUCUUGCUAAGUAGAAAACGGGCUUGAGUAUAAACUGCAACUCAGAGAUGUAAUUGGGUAAUUAAAAUAAAAUAAAAUAGAGUAAAUGAGAGAAAUUCUGAUGGAAAGAAAAUCGGGUAGCCUAGUUAUUUAAGCAGACCAUUAUUGUUUGCUCUGAUUUAUUCUUAAUAUUGGUGCUCUACAAUCUUUUAUUUACACGGUUUGCGGAAAACUGUAAAUAAAUCGUUGUUAAUGUAACAGGAUAUUAUGAAAUAUCUUUAAUUUCUAGUGUAAAUGUAGUUCACACUUUUUUUUGUCUCACUUUACCCACUUACCUAACUACCGUUCAUUCGUUAGUUAAACUACUAUGGAAUGGGAAUUAGUUGUAGCAUUUCUACACUCAAUAAUGACGAAAGUUUCCUGCAAGCGAUGUGACUCCUUCAUAUUUCUAAUUAAUUAACUCUAACUAAACGGUCGGUUAGGAGCGGACAGGUGGUGUUCAAUCCAUGACGUGUUGUCAUGGGAUAGAGAAUAGUUGUCAUUAGUUUAGCAUCUCUUGUUGCACCGCUACCCCGAAUGACAGUCCAAAUCACUGACUUGAGUUGUUAUCAAAUAUGGCUGAGAAUCGUAAUCUGAGAGUAGCAUGCGGUGAUAAGUCC